AUGGCAGUCCUCCGAGUUGGUAUUGUUGGUGCCGGUAUAGGUGGUCUGGCAGCCGCCAUUGCUAUUGCUCGCAGUGGGUGUAGCGUGACAAUCCUCGAACAGGGUGCGGAAAUAGGCGAGAUAGGAGCCGGGAUCCAACUCCAUCCCAACGUGUCUCGUCAAAUUAUUCGCUGGGGAGUGGACAAGAUCAUCGAAAAUGACCUCGUCGCACCAGAAGCACUCAACACUUGGGACUGUGGCAGCGAACUACGCCUGGUCGCACGCACGGAUCCCAAACAGGUCGCUAGACAGGCUGGGUUUCCAUGGUGGGUUGUGCGUCGCGACCACCUCUAUAACGGACUUGCCCAGUCAGCCUCCGAGCAUGGAGUCAAACUGAUCAUCCAAGCGAGAGUCGAACAAAUUGAUGACACAUCAACCCCUGUCAGGGUUGUCACAUCUUCUGGGCAGAAGUACGAGUUCGAUCUCUUGGUCGGCGCAGAUGGCCUCAAGUCUACCGUCAGGCAAUAUCUCUACCCAGGCGUCAUGCCAUAUGCGCCGAACAAGCUAUGUGCCUAUCGAGGCGUUCUACCGUUUUCCUUGAUCUACAAGGAGAUUCCCGAGGCCAGCCUGUUCCUCGGCAACAGAUUGGACACUUGGGUCGGAGCCAAAGGCUAUGUUCUGACCUAUCCUACGAGCGGAGGGAAAGAGCUCAACGUCGUGACCGCGGCUGAGUCAAAAGACUACGUGACUAAAAUGGAAGACAUCGAUGUCGAAGAGUUCUACGGGUUCUAUGCCGACUUCCACCCAUUCGUCCGAAAACUGCUCCAUCUCGUCAAGUACACCAAGCGCUGGCCUUUGCUGCAAACUCCCCGACUGCCAUCUUGGUCCAACAAAGCCAAGAACAUCGUCAUGAUAGGCGAUGCAGUCCAUGCCAUGCAGAAUCACAUGGCCCAAGGUGCGGGAACAGCCAUCGAAGACGGAGCAUUCCUGGGCCAGGUCAUCAGCGAAGUGGUUCGUGGGGUGAUCAGUGUCCCCGAAGCCGUAACUCUGUUUGAACAAAGACGGAUGCCCAAGGCAUGGAUCAAACAACAACUCAGCUUCCACUCGGGAUUAAUGUAUACCGUGGCGCAACCAGAAGAGCGUGAAAAGCGCAACCAAGCGGGCAGGUUUGAAGUUGCCCGGUGGGAGCACAACCCAGCCCGACAGGAGCCGAGCCAUAUCGAGUAUCGAAGUUGGCCAGUAGCCCGUUGCGUUGAGACGGCCAAGUCAAUCUGGUAUUAUGAUCCCGAAGGAGAUGCGGACAAUGCAGUGCUGGAAUACCUGAUGAGCAGGGGCAAAGUGGACGAUUUCACCCAGCUGAGCGAGAAUCUGGGCCGCAAAUGGAGUUCGAUCGUGUCUGGUAAUGGAGUCGACGGCAGCUGGGUCGAGCCCCAAGUCGACUACCAGCACAUGAAGAAUUCUCUGUAUAGGGGUAACGGGGCUGCGAAGGAUGGGAUCCGGGAGUAUGGUUUACAUGAACAGGACUAUGAUCGGUUUGGAAAGGGCUUGUAG